AUGGCGGCGUCGGUUUCCGGGGCCACCAUCUGCCUUCAGAAGCCUGGCUCCAAAGGCAGGAGGGCCAGGGAUGCGACCUCCUUCGCCCGCCGAUCGGUCGCGGCGCCGAGGUCCCCGCACGCCGCCAAAGCGAGCGUCAUCCGCUCCGACGCCGGCGCGGGACGGGGCCAGCAUUGCUCGCCGCUGAGGGCGGUCGUUGACGCCGCGCCGAUUGCGACGAAAAAGAGGGUGUUCUACUUCGGCAAGGGCAAGAGCGAGGGCGACAAGAGCAUGAAGGAACUGCUGGGCGGCAAGGGCGCGAACCUGGCGGAGAUGUCGAGCAUCGGGCUGUCGGUGCCGCCGGGGUUCACGGUGUCGACGGAGGCGUGCAAGCAGUACCAGGACGCCGGGAGCAUCCUCCCCGCGGGGCUCUGGGCCGAGAUCCUGGACGGCCUGCAGUUCGUGGAGGAGUACAUGGGCGCCACCCUCGGCGACCCGCAGCGCCCGCUCCUGCUCUCCGUCCGCUCCGGCGCCGCGGUGUCCAUGCCCGGUAUGAUGGACACGGUGCUCAACCUGGGGCUCAACGACGAGGUGGCCGCCGGGCUGGCCGCCAAGAGCGGGGAGCGCUUCGCCUACGACUCCUUCCGCCGCUUCCUCGACAUGUUCGGCAACGUCGUCAUGGACAUUCCCCGCUCACUGUUCGAAGAGAAGCUUGAGCACAUGAAGGAAUCCAAGGGGGUGAAGAAUGACACUGACCUCACUGCCGCUGACCUCAAAGAGCUUGUGGGUCAGUACAAGGAAGUCUACCUUACAGCUAAGGGAGAGCCAUUCCCCUCAGACCCCAAGAAACAGCUUGAGUUAGCAGUGCGGGCUGUGUUCAACUCGUGGGAAAGCCCGAGGGCAAAGAAGUACAGGAGCAUUAACCAGAUCACUGGCCUGGUAGGCACUGCCGUGAACGUGCAGUCCAUGGUGUUUGGCAACAUGGGCAACACUUCUGGUACUGGCGUGCUCUUCACUAGGAAUCCUAACACUGGAGAGAAUAAGCUGUAUGGCGAGUUCCUGAUCAAUGCUCAGGGUGAGGAUGUGGUUGCUGGAAUAAGAACCCCAGAGGAUCUUGAUGCCAUGAAGGACGUCAUGCCACAGGCUUAUGAAGAGCUAGUUGAGAACUGCAACAUACUGGAGAGCCACUACAAAGAAAUGCAGGAUAUCGAAUUUACUGUUCAGGAGAACAGGCUGUGGAUGUUGCAGUGCAGAACAGGAAAACGUACAGGCACAGGUGCCGUAAAGAUUGCUGUGGACAUGGUUAGCGAGGGUCUUGUUGAGCGCCGUCAAGCGAUUAAGAUGGUAGAACCAGGCCACCUGGACCAGCUUCUUCAUCCUCAGUUUGAGAACCCAGCGGCAUACAAGGAUCAAGUUAUUGCCACGGGCCUACCAGCUUCACCUGGGGCUGCUGUGGGCCAGAUUGUGUUUACUGCUGAGGAUGCUGAAGCAUGGCAUGCCCAAGGGAAAGCUGCUAUUCUGGUAAGGGCGGAGACCAGCCCUGAGGAUGUUGGUGGCAUGCACGCAGCUGCUGGGAUUCUUACAGAAAGAGGUGGCAUGACUUCCCAUGCUGCUGUGGUCGCUCGUGGGUGGGGAAAAUGCUGUGUCUCAGGAUGCUCAGCCAUUCGUGUAAAUGAUGCUGAGAAGACUGUAGCGAUUGGAGACCAUGUGCUGAGCGAAGGCGAGUGGAUAUCGCUGAAUGGAUCAACUGGUGAAGUGAUCCUUGGAAAGCAGCCGCUUUCCCCACCAGCCCUUAGUGGUGAUCUGGGAACUUUCAUGUCCUGGGUGGAUGAAGUUAGAAAGCUCAAGGUUCUGGCUAAUGCGGAUACCCCUGAGGAUGCAUUGGCUGCACGGAACAAUGGGGCACAAGGAAUUGGACUAUGCCGGACAGAGCACAUGUUCUUUGCUUCAGAUGAGAGGAUUAAGGCUGUAAGGCAGAUGAUUAUGGCUCCCACAGUUGAACUGAGGCAGCAGGCACUUGAUCGUCUUUUGCCUUAUCAGAGGUCUGACUUUGAGGGUAUUUUCCGUGCUAUGGAUGGACUUUCGGUGACUAUUCGACUUCUGGACCCUCCCCUCCACGAGUUCCUUCCAGAAGGGAAUGUUGAGGAAAUUGUGCGUGAAUUAUGUGCUGAAACGGGAGCCAAUGAGGAGGAAGCCCUUGAACGAAUUGAAAAGCUUGCAGAAGUAAAUCCAAUGCUUGGCUUCCGUGGGUGCAGGCUUGGUAUAUCAUACCCUGAAUUAACAGAAAUGCAAGCCCGUGCCAUCUUUGAAGCUGCUAUAACAAUGUCCAACCAGGGUGUUGAAGUUUUUCCAGAGAUCAUGGUUCCUCUUGUUGGAACACCACAGGAAUUGGGACAUCAAGCGAAUGUUAUCAAACAAGUUGCUGAGAAAGUUUUCACCAGUAUGGGUAAAACUAUUGGCUACAAAAUUGGAACUAUGAUUGAAAUUCCCAGGGCAGCUCUAGUGGCUGAUCAGAUAGCAGAGCAGGCUGAGUUCUUCUCUUUUGGAACGAACGACCUCACACAGAUGACUUUUGGCUACAGCAGGGAUGAUGUGGGAAAGUUUAUUCCCAUUUACCUGGCUCAGGGUAUCCUCCAACAUGACCCCUUUGAGGUUCUCGACCAGAGAGGAGUGGGCGAACUGGUUAAGUUUGCUACAGAGAGGGGCCGCAAAACUAGGCCUAACUUGAAGGUGGGCAUUUGUGGAGAACAUGGUGGAGAGCCUUCAUCAGUUGCUUUCUUCGCCAAGGCAGGGCUGGAUUAUGUUUCUUGCUCCCCUUUCAGGGUUCCGAUUGCUCGGCUAGCUGCAGCUCAGGUGCUUGUCUGA